AUGGCAACGCGUCCCCGGCCCUCCCGUCGCCAUGUUUUUUCCCAGUUUAUUUUUUCCAGGAAUUUUCCCAUUUCCUCUUUUCCCUGGUUUUUUCCCAAGGCCACGACGGCUCCUCCGAAGCCGAAGCCGGACCCGGUGACGUCGGAGACCGUGGUGAUCUGGGGACUGCGCCUGUGGCAGGUGGUCGGGAUCUUCGCCCUCUUCGUCCUCUCCAUCAUUAUCACGCUCUGCUGCCUGUUCAAGUGCCGCAUUCCACGCACUCGGAAGGAGAUCGAGGCUCGCUACGCCCAGCGCAAGGCGGCCAAAUCCUACGCGGAUAAACUGGAGACGGUGCCGCCCCUCGGGGAGCUCACCGACAUUCCCGGAGGAAAUUCCAUUCCCGAAAAUCUCCUCCCUCCCUCGGGCCAAUCCCGAGCUCUGCGCUCGCUGCCGGUGCUGAAGGAAGAGGAUGAGAUGAUUUUCCAAGGAAUUUAGGGAAUUCUCAUUCCCACCCUCCUCUGGCUUCUCUUUUCCAAGAUUUCCUCGG